GAUAAGACCAGUGUUAUCAACAAAAACGUAGCUCGAUAGCACUCUGUUAUCAUUCUAUGCGCAAACUCAUAUUGACGAGGUCGAAAAAGUUAUUAGAGAAUAGAAGUAAUUAAUUAUUAGUGUGAAAUGAGUGGUGAUAAGAUGUCAGGCCAGGCGAUGCCGAAUGUACAAUACGUGGGGCCGCAGCCGCCACCUCCGCCGUACUCCACGCACCCCCCACCAGGAGUGCAACCCCCUCCAGGAGCUGCCAUAGGCACAGUUACAACUACCUUCAUAGUCACAAACCCCGCUGGCCCAGACCCCAUGAUCACAACUUGCCCUUCAUGCCAUCAUCAGAUCGUGACAAGAACGGAGAGGAAUCCUACGACUAAGACCCAUGCUAUUGCUUGCCUGCUAUUUUGGUUUAUAUGUUGGCCCUGCGUGUGUCUCCCAUACUGCAUGGACUCUUGCAACAACAUCGACCAUUACUGUCCGAACUGCAACGCUUAUAUCGGUGGCUACAAAUUUUAGACGUAAUUAUGAUUGUUUAAGGUCCAAUUUAGCUUAAAGUUUAGUAUGUUUGGAAAUGUUUGCUUCUAUUAAGCCAUGAAGGAGAUACGGAGCAAACCCUUUCAUAUCAUGGGCUGUAGAACAUGUAACAACGAUGUAAUUUUAAGGUUAACGUAUAAAACACAAUGGCUCAAUGCUAACUUUAGAAAUAUAAGAUUUAAUGCAAACUUCAAAGAAAAAGACAUGAAAAUCUACGAGUGUAUAUAAAUAGAUUAUUACAUUUGACCACUGGAAUUUUCUUAUCUAUAAUGUAGAUAAUGCAAGUUUCUAGGUGUUUUUUAUUAGUGUUAAGUAAUCUAAUCUUAAUGACAAUUUUUCAAUAAGUGUAUAUUUGGUUUAAACAAAUUUAUAUGUAUAUUUAGCUACAUUAGUGUCACGGUCUACCGCCUUUAACUUGGUUUUUAAUAAGUUUAAUGGCAAUUAAAGUAAUAAUGUGCUUCCCGAAGCCCGUUGUAAUCAACCCAGUUAAUAUAAGUCUUAAUAAGAUUAUCCUGUAGAAAUUGUAAAUUCAUAUUUCUAUCGUCAUAAUAAUCCUGAUAUCAUGAUUCUUAACCGCUUUUUUCAUAGUUUACCUAAGACUAAUUCUCCUUGGCAAUUUUGAUACACAAUUCGUCCUUUAAUCAUCUUACACGACAUGUGCAGGGAGAGACGAUGGUUGUUUUUCACUAUGCGGAAACGGAACGACUCACUGUGUCUUUAUCUUAUAUUUUCCUUGGUAGUUAGUUAUUAAAAGUAGUAGUUUAUAUUUAUGUAUCGAUUAAGUGGAUAAACUUUACCAUGGUAGGUAAUUAUCUUUAUAGGUAUAAAUGUUAUCCAAAAAUAUGUUACAUGUAGAUAGAUAUAUUAUAAAAUACAUUACAAAAUUAUUAUAAUUUGCCCUUUUUUGACAACAACAACCUGAUUUUUUUCUGAUUUAAUAAAUAAUAAUAAAAGUGUUA